AUGUUUUGAUGUAGAGGAGCACCUCAGUCUCUGGACAUGCCUGGAGGUCAGUACCAGGUGACCCGCCUGAGGCUCAGCCUGAGCCUCUACAGCCUGACGGAGAGUUCUGAUGGAUGCCCAGAGGAGGAGGAGGCCUCACUGCGCCUCAUGCCCCUGCAGAAGCUCACCACCGCCAUGUGCAAGAACGAGAGGACCAUCAAGGAGCUGAUCAUCGGCCGCAGGGUCGGGUUCUACAAGGUCCGAGGGGAGAUCGGCUGCGGGACCUUCUCCAGGGUCAAACUGGCCUUCCACGCUCUGACUAAAGACAAAGUGGCCCUGAAGAUCCUGGACCGGAUGCGUCUGGACGCCCAGGCCCAUCGCCUGCUCUCCAGAGAGAUCAGCAGCAUGGAGUCCCUGCAGCAUCCCAACGUGAUCCGUCUGUACGAGGUGGUGGAGACGCCGAGCCGCAUCUUCCUGGUGCUGGAGUACGCGGGCCGAGGAGACCUGCACAACCGGAUCUGCACCGAGGGGAAACUGUCCGACAACGCCAGCAAGAUCACCUUCGCCCAGAUCCUCUCCGCUGUCAAAUACAUGCACAACCUGAACAUCGUGCACCGGGACCUGAAGGCGGAGAACGUUCUGUUCACCAGCACCGGCUGCGUGAAAGUGGCCGACUUCGGCUUCAGCACCCGGGUGUCGAGCCGCUGCAGCGCCCUCGACACGUUCUGCGGCUCGCCGCCCUACGCCGCCCCGGAGCUCUUCAGGGACGAGAGCUACCUGGGCCCGUCGGUGGACGUGUGGGCCAUGGGCGUCCUGCUGUUCUUCAUGGUGACCGGAACCAUGCCGUUUCGGGCCGACACCAUGGGCAAGCUGCGGCGCUGCAUCCUCGAGGGGAACUACACCGUCCCCCCCUGGGUCCCGGGCCCCUGCCAGAGGCUCAUCAGGGGCAUCCUGAAGGCCGUCCCCUCGGAGCGCUGCGCCGUCGACCAGAUGCUGGGCUGCGACUGGCUCCUCCCGGUGGAGUUCCCCUGGUCUCUGGUUCCUGUGACACCGUCCAGUUCUCUGCAGAGCCUGCUGGACUCGGAGCGCGGCAGCCUGGAGGACGAGGUGGAGGACGAGGUCCGGAGCUCGCUGGAGGAGCUCGGCUUCACGGCGGAACACCUCCAGAACAACCAGCUGACGGACAGCCGCAGCCCCGUCACCGGGGUCUACCGGAUCCUGCUGCACCGAGCCCACAGGAGGAGGGGUUGCGACUCCCUGCCGGUGGUCCGAGGGAUGGUCCGGGACCCGAAACGAGAGGGGCUCCGGGCCUACAGGGGCCUCAGGCACACCUCCAAGUUCUGUGUGCUGUCCUGA